AUGUAUAUCAUUAUCACAUUUGCAUGUUUCUGUAUUUCGGAGCAUUCCUUCAGUGUGUCACUUGUUCUUUUUCUUGGCAUUUUACAUUUUUUCUCUCACUCUCUUGGCUUUUCCUGCAAUGAGAAAGCAAUUGCUGCAACUGGAAACCAAGGGGCACAGGCUGCUGCAGAUUGGUUGUUGUCUCAUGCCAAUGAUUCUACUCUCGACCAGAAAACCUGCCAGGAAUACAUCCUGUACCUCUGCCCAGUUGGGCCUCUACAGAAACAGUUGGCAGACUAUUUUGAAAAGACUAGAGUUCAGUGUGGAUGGAAUGGGGCACAUGCUUACUUCCCUCAUAUCACUCUCUGUCACUUCUUUAAGGCAGAGGACAAUAGAAUUCCAUACCUGACAAAAGCUCUAAAUAGAAUCCAAGAGAGACUCUUGAAGGCUCCAGGACACCUUGAACUUGAAUUUUUUUCACAAGUUAAUUUCAUUGGACUUUUUGUACACAAAGAUUAUUAUGACUUUCUUGAAGACAUUGUUGCCACAUAUGCUGAAGAGAUUCGGAAAGUAGGUGUAGUAAUGGAUCCACAUCGUCAACAGCUGCACAUGACACUUGCAUACCAAUAUGACAAAGAGCAGCAUGAACGACUGCUUAAGUUUGCCAAAGAAGUGGAUUUAAAUGCUGAUGUUAAAUGGGAACUGCGAUUAUAUUCUCGAGAUUCACGUGCAGGAGAAUGUGAGGUUCGUAAAGUAACACGUAGCUGCUUAUCCCCUUCUUCUGAUGAUGAGCUUGAGCUUGUCGAAGGUGACUACGUACUGGCUGAUCCUCAUGAAUUGAAUGGCAGCAAAAAUGGAUGGUGUAAAGGAAUUUCCACUGUGACUGGCAACAUUGGCAUGUUUCGUAUUUCCUGCACAAUACGAGCAUCUGAAACUUCAACGUGGACUUUACACAAAUCACUUUCUGUAGUUCCAGUUAAUAAUAUGUUUAAUGGUGUGAAUGAAGGCGACUAUGACAAUUUGUGGCUUGGGGAGCAAGAUGAAGAAUUUAACAAGGUGCUGAAGAAUAAGAAGAUUGAUGAGUGUAAAAAUACACCAAGAGAACCUCGACAUUUGUUUGUGAUGCGACAUGGAGAACGUUGUGACUUUGCCUUAGGAAGAGAUUGGGUUGACUCCUGCUUUAAUUCUGCUGGCAGAUAUAACCGGAUUAACUUGAAUCUACCUAAAAUCAUGCUAAAGAGGAAAAACUAUCUUGAUUUUAUCAAAGAUUGUCCAUUGACAGAAGUUGGCAAAUUACAAGCCAGACUCACAGGAGAAGGUUUACGAGAUGCUUCUGUGAACCUGUCACAUUUAUAUGUGUCUCCAGCCCUCCGAUGUAUUCAAACUGCACAUGAAAUAAUUACAGCUCUUGGAUUAAGAAUCAAAAUUUGUAUUGAGCCUUCGUUAUUUGAAUGGUUGGGCUGGUACCAGCUUGGACUGCCUAUUUGGUUUACGACUGAUGAAUUAUUGGAACGUGGUUACUCUGUGGAUAGAAACUACAUCUCUUACAUGGUGCCUACUCAGCUUUACCUUGACGAGACAGUUGAACACUAUUAUUCACGGUGUGCUGACUUCACACGUUAUAUUCUCAAGAAACAUGAGCCUGAAGGUGGCAAUAUAUUGAUAGUUGGUCAUGCAGGGAGUUUAGACGUGUGUACUCGUCAAUUGCUAGGGAAGGCACCUCGUUCUAAGACCCUAUAA